AAAGCAAAAUCUUCGCGGUUGAUUAACCGUUGAACAUGGACGACAUCGAGGCACUCAUGCCCCGCACUAAGUGCGUCCUCCCUCGCCCCACGACCCUGUACUGGAGAUAAAGCACUGAUACGUGUUCUUCUGCUUCUUUACAGAGCGGCUAAUGACCACGCCCCUGUCGACAAGGCCAAGUUGAAGCAGUACAUGGCCACCAAAAAGGCGGCCCACACCAUUGGAGCGUAAGACGAAUCAGUCAGGAAUAUUUUAUGUAUUACAUGCUAAACUAUCAUACCUCACUAUUGCUUCAGCCGCUCGGGCGUCGUGGUGCGCGGUGACGUGCGCAAGGACGCUGAGGGGUUCGAGGACGUCGACGAUUUCUGGGUCGAUGACGACUCGAUGCAAGACGACUCGGUGGACGACGACGACUGUGCGUGCUGUUCACAGCUGCAAUAUAGUAGAGAUUACUGUUGUGAUUGUGCUGAUGUUGGCUCUGUGCUGUGUGGACAGCGCUGACGGCGUCGGACAAGGAGUCAGCAGACACGUCGGGGGACAUCUCAGAGCCGAGCGAACAUGAGGUAGAGCUGCCGGAUAUCGACAGUCCCGUUAUGAGUGACCGCGAGAAUAUGGAGAUCGAGACCGGAAACAUACCGUCGCGGAGGCGCUCGCAGAGAAACAGUGGUCGAGUGGAAAGAGAGGAGAAGAAGGAGGACGCAGAUCCUGCGCCCUCGUCUCCUCUGCGGAGCGAUGUGUCGUUCGAUUUUGGCGGCUCACCUCAUGGAUCUGUGGAUAUGAACACCGACAAGAACAUCACGAUCCGUGAUAGACGCAAGAAGUCGACUGGGAAGGAUGAUAAGGAAAAAGCGAAGGCUCGUCGACGAGAAUCGUACGGUGGACGUGGCUUUGACGAGGAUAUGAUCAGUCCGUUCUCCAUGAAUGAAGGCCAAGUCACACCGCUAUCGAAUGCUAGUGACCGUACUUUGAAGUCAAUCCCUUCGUUUUCAGACAAGAAUUCACUCUCGCCAAACAUCAGUAAAGAUCUAUUCAAAAAAGGUGACUAUGAUAGUGAUCCCAGCGACGAAAAGCCAAAGAAGAAGCAGGCGAAGGGAAAGAAAGCGAAAAAGAUAGCAACGGGGAAGCAGUCAGUUGGUGAUACGAAGAAGCGUCGAAUCCGACCGACGGGUAAGUAUGGCUAUCGAACGACUCCACCUGCAACAGACACGUCGAUCCAAUCCGUCCAGACAGACGAUGACAACGACGAAUCGUUCGAGGCGCAGCAUGACUCAGGUGGCGAGACCGGAGAUGACAGCUAUUACAAUGAACCAGAUGCACCAACCGGUCCGGUCCGUGACAGGUUGCCAGACGCGUCUAGGAUUUUGGACGAGGAGAACGACGAUGCAUGGGAUGGUAGUGGCUUGCGUCGAUCGAAGCGACGGCGUUUUAAACCUUUGGCCUGGUUUAAGAGCGAACACAUGGUGUACGAACGCACUUUCGUUGGUGUAGGCACAGUAAUGCCUACGGUUGUGGGCGUGGAGCGUCUUGGUCAUGACUCCCCGACGUCGAAACGAAUGAAGGCAAAGCCACCAUCGAAAAGGACCAACAACAGCAGAGCGUUGACUCGCAAGGAGUUACCUAAGGACAUCCAAAAGCGAAUUGUGGAUAGCGAAUGGGCGACGCUUUUCGACAGCCAGGCUGGUUGUAUGAAUGAUCUGAACAUUAUCUGCCGUUCCAGCGAAAUCCGUCUACGCAAGCUCCCCACCGAGGAGAGGGGUGGAGCGGUAGUGCACGCCUAUGCAGGUCAGAGUUUCAACCUGUUCAGUCCGUCUCCGUUUGCUCGGUGGAUCUCUGGUCGUGUCGUGUUACCUCCUGGAGCGUGGAAAGAACCAGAGGGCGUCGGUCAAGCAGUUCAGUUGUUCUACGUCACGGGUUGUCAGCCGAAAUCUCUCGAGUUGGCGCUGGCUCCUGAGACCGACGACGAUUUCUUCACAAGCAAGUACACAACGCACUUUUUGCUCAGUCCAGGUGACGAGUUCUACGUGCCGGCUGGUAACGUGUACUAUGUGAAGAACCACUCGAGUUCUGCGGAUUGCGAUCUGCGAUUCACUAUUUUGAAACCUGAAGCGCCAAUGCCAGAUGACAACGACUCGGAGCCAGAGCAGGAGCAGGAAAAGGAGGAAGCUACGACCACUGAGACCAAGCCGGAGGCUACCGAGGCGAGUAGCCCACUAAAACGCAAACGCGAGGAGGACGCAGAUGCUGACGCAGACGCAGAAUCCGACUCCGUCUAACGUGGCCAUGUAGUUUCAUUAUACCAGCAGUCUCCUUUAUUCAAUAAAUUCGUUUCGUGUGCAAAG